AUGGAUUCAGUUCCUGCCACUGUGCCUUCUGUCACCGCUUCCCCGGGGGACCCGGAACUUCUGGGACCCCUGUCGGUGCUCUACGCAGCCCUCAUAGCCAAGCUACUGGAGUUGGUUGCUACAUUGCCUGAUGAUGUUCAGCCUGGGCCUGAUUUUUAUGGAUUGCCAUGGAAGCCUGUACUUAUCACAGCCUUCUUGGGAAUCGUGUCAUUUGCCAUUUUCUUCUGGAGAACUGUCCUUGUUGUAAAGAAUAGAGUAUAUCAAGUCACUGAACAGCAGAUUUCUGAGAAGUUGAAGAAUAUCAUGAAAGAAAAUGCAGAACUUGUACAAAAAUUGUCAAAUUAUGAACAGAAGAUCAAGGAAUCAAAGAAACAUGUUCAGGAAACCAAGAAACAGAAUAUGAUUCUGUCUGAUGAAGCAGUUAAAUUUAAGGAUAAAAUCAAGAAACUUGAAGAAACGAAUGAACUUCUGGAUGAUACAGCAAAAAAUCUGCGUGUUAUGUUAGAAUCCGAGAGAGAACAGAAUGCAAAGAAUCAGGACUUGAUUCUGGAAAACAAGAAGUCUAUAGAGAAGUUAAAGGAUGUUAUUUCAGUGAAUGCCUCCGAAUUUUCAGAGGUUCAGAUUGCUCUUAAUGAAGCUAAACUUAGCGAAGAGAAGGUGAAGUCUGAAUGCCAUCGGGUUCAAGAAGAAAAUGCUAGGCUUAAGAAGAAGAAAGAGCAGUUGCAGCAAGAAAUCAAAGAUUGGAGUAAAUCACAUGCUGAGCUCAGUGAACAAAUUAAAUCAUUUGAGAAGUCUCAGAAAAAUUUGGAAGUAGCUCUUACUCACAAAGAUGAUAAUAUUAACGCUUUGACUAAUUGCAUUACACAGUUGAAUCGCUUAGAUUGUGAAUCUGAAUCUGAGGGUCAGAAUAAAGGAGGAAAUGAGAUGGAUGAAUUAGCAAAUGGAGAAGUGGGAGGUGACCGGAAUGAGAAGAUGAAAAAUCAAAUUAAGCAGAUGAUGGACAUUUCUCGGACGCAAACUGCAAUAUCAGUAGUCGAAGAGGAUCUAAAACUUCUACAAUUUAAGCUUAGAGCCUCGAUGUCUACUAAAUGCAACCUGGAAGACCAGAUAAAGAAAUUGGAAGAGGAGCGCAGUUCGCUGCAGUCGGCCAAAGCCAGCCUGGAAGGCGAAUGCAAAACCCUGAGGCAGAAGGUGGAGAUUCUGAACGAACUGUAUCAGCAGAAGGAGAUGGCUCUGCAGAAGAAACUGAGUCAGGAAGAGUAUGAGCGGCAAGACCGAGAGCAGCGGCUGUCAGCUGCGGAUGAAAAGGCGCUUUUGGCUGCAGAGGAAGUAAAAACGUACAAGCGCAGAAUUCAAGAAAUGGAGGAUGAAUUACAGAAAACCGAGCGCUCGUUUAAAACCCAGAUUGCUACUCACGAGAAGAAAGCUCAUGAUAACUGGCUCAAGGCUCGUGCUGCAGAAAGAGCUAUCGCUGAGGAGAAGAGGGAAGCUGCCAACCUGAGACACAAGUUACUGGAAUUAACCCAGAAGAUGGCAGUGCUGCAGGAAGAGCCCGUGAUUGUGAAGCCACGGCCGGGAAGACCCAGCGCCCAGAACCCUCCAUGGAGAGGUCCUCUGAGCCAGAACGGCUCUUUUGGUCCAUCUCCUGUGAGUGGGGGGGAGUGCUCCCCUCCCCCGACGGCUGACCCGCCUGCCAGACCGCUCUCUGCUACCCUCAAUCGAAGAGACAUGCCUAGAAGUGAAUUCGGAUCAGUGGACGGGCCUCCACCUCGUCCUCGAUGGUCAUCUGAGGCAUCUGGGAAACCCUCUGCCUCUGAUCCAGGACCCGGUGCAGCUCCCAUGGCGAACAGCAGCUCGAGAAGCUCUUCCCCUACUAAGGUGAUGGAUGAAGGCAAGCAAACUGUUGCCCAAGACCCCGAAGGCCCCUCCGCUCCCAGCAUUCCAUCUGUGGCUGAGCAGUCAGUAGUAGUUCCUAUGGCUGCAAAAGGGCCUCCUCCUUUCCCAGGGGUGCCCCUCAUGAGCUCGCCCGUGGGAGGCCCUCUACCACCCCCCACUCGAUACGGACCGCCACCCCCGCUCUGCGGGCCUUUCGGGCCUCGGCCGCUGCCCCCACCAUUUGGUCCUGGCUUACGUCCACCACUAGGCUUGAGGGAAUACGCGCCGGGCAUUCCACCUGGGAAGCGGGACCUGCCUCUCGACCCUCGAGAAUUUCUCCCGGGACACACACCUUUUAGACCUUUAGGCUCUCUUGGCCCGAGAGAGUACUUUAUUCCUGGUACUCGACCACCACCGCCAACCCACGGCCCCCAGGAUUAUCCGCCUCCACCUGCUGCAAGAGACUUCCUGCCUUCUGGCUCCAGAGAUGAGCCCCCCGCUGCCUCGCAGAGCAGCAGCCCGGACUGUUCACAGGCUUUAAAACAGAGCCCGUAA